AAAGAUAGAAACUGGUAACCAUAGACAUAUAUAAACAAUUUAUAUAUGUCUAUGCUGGUAACUGAUCAGUGGUCCGAUCACAGAAUAGAAUUUGAUCGUCGUCAAUUAGCAGGAACGCAGGAUCAAUAAAAUUGCUCAAUCUGCCAUGACCGGGAAGCCCAAAGACCAAUACGAAUACGAAACCGAAAAUACCAUCCAACCAACUUUGACGGAUCGCCUGAACAAAUAUCUGUUGUGCGUCUAUUUGGAUCGUUUAAACGGAGAGGACAGCGGCUGUCAUAGUGGUGGUCGGCAAUUUGUUAGUGAAGACGACACGGCCGACGCUAAUACUGAAGAAGCAUAUUUUACUGAUUGACAACGCCGUUUAAAUUGCUUUUCGGCGGAUGCCAUUGCUGAUUUUUUUCCAGAUCGGCGAUGGACAUUUUUGAAGAUAAUGAAUUCGAAAAUUUGGUCGAAGAUCAUCAUCUCGAUGAAGAUGUGAAUAAAUACCUAGAACCGCAAGACAACGACGAUCAAAAUGAGGAAAAAAGAAUUGUUCCAGUGAAGAUCCGUGUAAGAAAUCCACAACCUAAAUUGAAUCCCGAAAGGUUGCGAGGUACUCGUGGGUUAUCUGUACUUCCAACAUGGUUUGAGAACAUUCAGUUGAAAGGUAAAGGUCAUGAAUCUGAAGAUCUCAAUGCUGUCAUAAACCGUCUAGAACAAUGGACUCAUAGAUUAUUUCCUAGAUAUACAUUUGAUGACUGUAUUGAUAAGUUAGAGAAAUUAGGGAAAAAGAAUGAAAUUAAGGUAAUGUUGAAACGAAUAAGGAUGGAUAUGGAUAUCAAUAAUUGCGUAACACAAGUUGAGGAUGAUGUGGUUGAACCAUCACCCUCUCAGAUUGAUAUAUUUGAUCAGAUUGCUAACACUGUAGAUAUAUUCCCAGUAACAUCUACACCAAGUGUCAGUAACACUGGAUUAACUGAAGAACAAAGACAAAGAAUGAUGCGAAACCGAAUGUUGGCUGAAGAAAGGCGGCAAGCUAAGAUAAGAGCUCGUCAAGAAGAAGAAGUAACAUUUACUGAAAAAUUUAGUAGCAUGUAAUGCUUCUUUCAAUGCAAAUCCUGUAUCUUUUGAUUCUUUGUAAUAUUAUUAAUAAUUUACAUUUGUCAACAGAUUUAUGUUCCAUAAAUCUAAGAAAAAUUAAUUUUUUUAAUUAAUUAUUAAGAAAUUAUUUGAAAUAUUCAAUCAGAAGAAAAUAAUUUUUUUAAUUGCGACCAUUGAUAUGUGAAAUAUUGAAGAAUCAAAUUAAUGAUAUAAAUAUUAUAAACUAUAAAGUAAAGUUUUUGUAUUUAUGUACUCUAAAUUGCCAUUGAUUAAAUAUACAAUAUUUAUAUAUUGUGAAAUG